CCGAGUGAGGCUGUGGCGGUUGCUGACGGGAGGGAGGGUCGGAGACCUCAUGUGGACAAGCGUUCAGUGAUGUUUCAAACGGCCGAGGGAGAGGUUGGAGAUGACGCCCCCGGUCGUCCGGUAGCGAGAGCCAGCGGCUUGCACGAUCUGGUGCUGCGAGCGGCGGCGGGUCGUGGCGAGAGGACCGCUGUGUGCUACGACAGCGGUGCGGAUGGCGGUCGGUUGUCCUACACCUAUGGCCGGGUUAUCGGCCUGGCUGACGAGCUCAGAGAGCGGCUGCAGCUACACUGUGAUUUCAGCCGAGGUUAUGCCAUUGGGUUGUAUUGCCAGCCAACUGUAAACCUGCCCAGCUGCAUUUUAGGAAUUCUUCAAGCGGGAGCAGCUUUUUGUCCAGUUGAUCCGGAAAGUUCACCUCGUUUCUCAGCAUAUUUUAUUCAAAUGUGCAAAUUGAAAUACAUCCUUGUUCAGAAAGAUAUGAUACAAAAAUUCAGAGACUCAUUUUCAGCUUGGUUGUCCAUUAAUGUUGAGUGUGAUAUACCAAAACUAAAUUUCGUGCUUGUGAAGAUUCAGUGGCUGCUGACGGAUGUGGAUUCCUUCGCUUCAGAGCCCAAAAGCAAAGAAAAUGUCAUUUGCAGCAAUGUAGAAGCUUUAAAAGAAGGGAGGUUGCAGACAACUGAUUCGGAUAAAAGAAGUCAUGAAUAUAAAUAUGUUGACUGCCGUGGAUUUUUGGCCUAUAUUUUGCAAACUUCAGGUACUACAGGAGCUCCAAAAAUUGUUCGAGUACCUCAUCAAUGCAUUGUUCCCAAUAUACAGAAUCUCAUGUCAAUCUUUGAUGUUUCAUCAGAUGAUGUAAUUUUUAUGUCCUCUCCUCUGACAUUUGACCCUUCAAUUAUUGAAAUAUUUAUGGCCUUAUGCAGUGGAGCCACACUGCUUAUUGUUCCACCAGUUAUUAAAAUGAUGCCAAAGAGACUAACAGAGAUUCUUUUUAAUCAUCACAAGGUGUCUGUAAUGCAGGUUACACCGACAUUAAUUAAAAGUUUUGGAUCCAAAAUUCUGGCCUCUGUAGUGCUUUCAGAUAAUUCACCUCUGCGUGUGUUAGCACUUGGUGGUGAACCAUUUCCUCCAUUGUGUGUACUGAACAGUUGGCGUGAAGAAGGAAACAAAACCCAAAUUUACAAUCUAUAUGGCAUUACCGAAGUGUCAUGUUGGGCCACGUACUACAAAAUUCCUGAAGAAAUCCCACAUAGUACAAGACAGUAUGAAGACCAUGUGCCUUUAGGAUUUCCUCUUUUAGGAACCAUUUUAGAUGUUGUAGAUGACUCUGGCAAGGUAAUCCAAGAAGGAGAAGGGCAAGUUUUCAUAGGUGGUGAAGAACGUGUAUGUUUUUUAAAUGAUGAAAUAACUGUGCUCUCAGGAAUAAUGCGAGCCACUGGCGACUGGGUAGUUGUUAAAGAUGGACAGAUGUAUUAUUUAGGUCGUAAAGACAACCAAAUUAAACGUCAUGGGAAACGUAUAAAUCUUGAAAGUAUACAGCAGGUAGCUGAAAGCUUGAAGCAAGUGGAAGCUUGUGUGUUGACUAUAUGUGAUCAAGAUCAGAUGAUUCUGUUUGUUGUGCCCAGUGGUUUACCUGAACAACAGAACAAGAAUUCUACUAAUUUCUGCAGAGAUAUCCUCUCUGAUCUUGGAAAACUGCUCCCUUCACAUGCAAUUCCAGAUGAUGUUGUACAGAUCAAUUCAAUGCCAUUUACAUCUCAUGGCAAAAUAGACCGAACUAUUUUGAUUCAGACAUACGGAGAAAAAUCAAAAGCAAAAAACACAAAUUCAAUUCGCAUUUUAGGGAAAAAAGAACUCUGGGAAGGUAUUCAUCAACUAUGGAAGGUGGUUCUCGAUCUUCCAGAAGACCUGAUGGACGUUGCUGAUGAUUGCAUGUUUCUGUACAGUGGAGGAGACUCCUUGAAAGCUUUAAGGCUUGUCAAAGAAAUUGAGACAUUUGUCGGACAAAGAAUAUUUGGACUUACUGAAGUCAUUUUAAACAACUCAUUGCUAGAUAUUUACAAUUAUAUUACCAAUGCAAUAUUGUUUGAAGUUGAGAACAAUGAAGAACUGGAUGAUAAAAGGAGAACAAAACCAAAAAAGAUGAAAGAUAAAAGUGCAAGAUUUCAUUCAGAACACAUUAACCAGUGGAAAUCAGUAGCCAUGAAUGGUAGCUUUACUGCCAUUAGUAGAGGGAGUAGAAUCACAUAUGUAAGCUAUGAUAACUCUGUAGAUAGGCUUGAAAUGCAAAAAAAUAAUGAAUUGAUGGAUGGCACUUCACAUGGAAAAGAAAAGAAACAACCUGAUUUUUUUAGUGUGUCUGAAAUUAUGAAUGAAGAUAUAUCAUUAAAUAAAAAGAAAAUACCAGUGAAGAGAAAUUGGCUGGAGUCCUUUGAAAACCAAAUAGUAAAUCCAUCAUAUAUAUACAAGGAAUCCUUUCCAGAUAAUUUUUCAUCUAAUUGUAGAUCUGUAUCAUUCAAAGUCAGAUGGAAAUCUGAUACUGCCAAAUGUGUGGAUGCAUCACCUCUCCUGGUAAUAUCAGGGAACGAUGGCUCAGAUGUAACUGUGUACAUUGGAUCUCACUCUCACAGGAUGCAAGCAAUUGAUGUUCUUUCCGGAGAAAUAAAAUGGGAAAGGAUUCUAGGAGACCGCAUUGAGUCAUCGGCUUGUAUAUCCAGAUGUGGACACUUUAUUAUCGUGGGUUGUUAUGAUGGUUCCAUAUAUGUGCUAAGAAGAAUUGAUGGGGAAACAUACUGGACGUUUUGCACACAAAAUUCAGUGAAAAGUUCUCCAAUUGUGGAUCCUGAUGUGGGAUUGGUUUUCAUUGGAUCACAUGAUCAUCAUGUCUAUGCUUUGGAUAUUCUUGAUAAAGUUUGUGUCUGGAAAUUGCACUGUGGAGGAGGUGCAGUGUUCUCAACUCCUUGCUUAAACAAAUAUCCAAGAUUACUUUAUGUGGCAACACUCGGGGAAUCAUUGAUAGCUGUCAAUCCACUUUGGCAAUUCUCAACAGGAGGCCCUAUCUUUUCUUCACCGUGCAUCUUUAACCUUUCUGCGACAGAUCAGAAAAUCAUAUUCGGAUCUUAUGAUUCUUUUGUGUAUUGCUUGAAUGAAGAUGGAAAUCUAGAGUGGAAGUUUGAAACAACUAAGCAAGUAUAUGCAGUUCCAUUUAUUUUUCCCAACUCUGAUUUUCAUGAUGGAACUUUGGUUGCUGUGAUUUCUACAGAUGGAAGCUUAUGGAUCCUUGAUGCUGCAACAGGAGAAUUGAUUACUUCAUAUUCCCUUUCAGGUGAAGUUUUUUCUUCACCAGUCUUAUGGGAAAAAAAACUUAUUGUCGGUUGUAGAAAUAACUUUGUCUAUUGUUUGGAGAUGUCUACAGCAGAACAAAACAAAAAAAAACCCUUGAGUGAAUGUGAGUACUUCACUGAGUAAUUAAUUCCACGUUCUAUGCAAAACUUGCCUAGGAAUUAUGAAUGCUGGUCAUAAUUCAAACACUGGCAGUGGUGAAAUGUGAACUAUAUUUACAGCAGUUUUUUGUGAAACCAAUAUCACAUCAAAAAGCAUAUCGUCAAUAUUCAGAGUUACUUAGAAAAGUAUGAAAUUAGAUGGAUUUCGAACAAUAUCCUCUUUGCAACUCUGACAAUCAGCAUACUUUUCAGAUGUGAGUGAAAGAUUACUAUUACUAAUGAAAGAUGGAUAUUAAAAUGACAUUAGAUUUCAUGAUAAAAUUUUAAGCUAAGUAAUAAGCCACUUCUGUUUAUUAUUACUAUCUUGACACUGUGAUACGUGUAAGUUCUGUGUAAUGGUGAUGUUAUUUUAAGUUGUACAAGGGAGAACUAUAAGAACCAGACCUCAUUGUUAAAUAUUUUGUCAGUGAAUAGACAAUGAUGUUGAGCCAUCUGCUUUAGAACAGUGAACUGGAUUAUUAUGAGCAAUUCUGGUUUGUCAUACUGUAGGAAGCUAGAGAGGAUGCAGAACAGAUUCACAAGGAUGUGCAGGACAGACUUGAUGGGGCUGGGAUUUUUUUUUUCUACAGUGAAAGGAGCCGAGGGUAUAGAUAAGGUAUGGUCACAGUCUUUUCCCAAGGUAGGGCAAUCUAAAACUAGAGGAAAAAGAGUUAAGGGGAAAGAUUUAAAGGAGACUUGAGGGGAAGGUUUUUCCAUACACAGGAUGGUGGAAAUAUGGAGUGAACUGCCAGAGGAAAUGGUAGAAGCAGAUAAAUUAGCAACAUUUGGACAGGUUCAUCGAUAGGAAAGAUUUAAAGAGAUGUGUGCCAAAUGUAGGCAAAUGGGAUGUGCUGCAGAAGGCACUUUGGCAAACAUGGACUAGUCGAGCCGAAGAACUGGUUUCUAUUUGGUAUGAUUCCACGGUUACAUUACAAAGGUUUAUUCAGACUUUGCAGUUUCUUGUUAUGUUUCUUUUGAGAAUUAGUCUCCUUUCUUCAUUAUGUCAUUGUACUGCAACCAUCUCAACCAAGGUGUAGCCAUGAUGACUCAUUUUAUUCUCUUGCUUUUUGUAAUGAGUUCUUGGGAUAAUGGUGCUUUGUUUAGAUCUGUACAAAAUUCUAGAGGACUGACUAGCAGACCAAAACAAAGCUCCCUGAAGCAAAACAAAAUUUAUUGGUUAUUAAUAUUGCAAUAUUUUAAGCAAAAGACAUUAACUUUAUAUUAAUAAAGUACAGUGGAUUCUGGUUAAUUGGGCUUUCAGGUAAUCAGGGCAGCUGUUUAAAGAACAAAACUUAAAUCAGGAAAAUAGCCAGGAUUCCCUUUAUUUGAACCACUAUGCCACUUAAUUGGAACAGGAGACUGUUGCCGAACAGUUCCUAGCUAACAUUAGUCGUGUGCAAUUGUGUGACUAUUAGACAUUACACCAUGCUUAGAACAAUCUAUUUUUUAAAAUAGCAUUAGUUGUGUGUUUGUCUUCAAAAAGCAGUGCUUUUUUGUCACUGAGAGUUGGAGAAAAAUGAGCAGCAAGACAAUUUGGAACUAUUUUGCUCACUGAUGCUUGAAGCAUUCAAGCUUGGAGAUGCCAGAAAUGGCUGAGAUCGAAAAUGAAGCGACUUCACUACUUCAAGUUAGAAAUUGCAAAAAAUUUGAAGGUAUCUUGAAUGUACAAUGAAAAUGAAGAUUUGGAAAAUGCAAUAAUCUAAAUCAUUAUAGGAAGGCAGUCUGAACUAGGUAUCUGCGCUGAUUUUGUUCAUUUACAGUCAAUCAUAAGAACAUGGCAGAUUAAUUACUCUGAUAACUAUUAGGAACUAAUACAGUUUUAUAGUACUGUGGAGGUAAUGGUAGUGUGCUGAUUUCUUCUGUAUUUCAUUUAAAUACAUAACCUAUUAUUCAGUUAAUACCUUUUAACUAUUUCCAUGAAACUGCGGCUAAUUGGGCCAAAAAGUACUGGUGCCGAUGUCUCCCAAUAAACCUGAAUCUGCUGUAUUUGUGUGUUAAUUCCUAUGGAAUUAUGUAAAUAGUUUAAUUAUCUUUUGUGAUUUCGAAAGGUUACAAUUUAUAUGUAUGGAAUAGAAUCUGAAAUAUAAUAAAUCAAAAUGUUAUAAACAGUAUUAAUAUGUUUAAAACAAAUGGCUAGGAGAACUUGCUGCAACUGUGGAGGCAAAAGAAAGGUCGGCUUUUUGCAUUGUGACCUUAGGUUGCCAUAAGUUCUGAUGCAGGGUUUUCACCUGAAACAUCGACAAUUUAUUCCAGCCCAAAGACGCUGUAUGACUAGCCGGGUUUCUCCAAGACAUUACUGUUCGUCCAGAUUCCAGCAUCUGCAGUCUUCUCUCAGAAUCAGAAGCAGGUCUAUUAUCACCAGCCUGUGUCAUGAGAUUUGUUAACUUAGCAGCAGCAGUUCAAUGUAAUACAUAAUAUAGAAGAAGAAAAAAAUAAUACAAUAAAUAAGUAAAUCAAUUACUGUAUGCAUAUAUUGAAUAGAUUAAAAAUCGUGUGAAAAAACAAAUAUAUUUAAAAAGUAAGGUAGUGUUCACGGGAUCAAUGUCCAUUUAGGAAUCUUCAGACUCAUAGUGAAGUUAUUCUUCAAAAUAGUGAAACAAAUGAUGCUUAGUUAUGAGAAAUCUUUUGUUGAGAAGUUUCUAGUACCCAGUUGCAUUGGAGAAUCAUUCACUAAUACUAAAGUAGGUGAUAAUUUGGUGUUUUGAAAAUAUGUGACUGAAUAAAAUCUAAUUGCCUAGAAAGAUUUAGGUGUAGCACUUCACGACACACAAAAUCAUUUGGGACAAAGCAGCUGCUUGAUCUGGAGACUGACCCCCAUUUUAACUAACUGCUCGCUCAAUUCAGUGGCUUAGGCUGUCAUUCCUUUUACUACCAGCACACUAUGAUAUCUUUGUUUAAUGUUCAGAAGCCAUACUGCAGCAACUCUAGACUUCCACAGAAUGUUUUAAAUCCUGUCUUCAGUGUCUAGAAACAUAAACUGCAUGAUAAAAAUUUUGCCUCCAAAUUUAUCUUCAUGUCUCAACACACUGUUUAACUUGGACAUACAUCAUCCUCCCAAUAUUACUGGAUCAAAAUCUUACUCUAAUGUUAUUGAACUGUCUUCACAUAAACAGCA